AUGCAAGUUGUUGGUGUCGACGGUCGUGUCAUCGGCUAUUUGUUUUGCUUCCUGAUACUCCAAGCGAAACUCACAAACUCACGAACCUCUUGGAGGCUCAGUGCUGAUAAAGUCGUCAAGACAACAGAAUUCGUGAGCACGGUGGAAGAUGAUCCGAUUUUUGAUAUCCUGUCGAGCAGUAUCGGUGUUGGUAAUGGACAAAGUUGGAGCAGAACCGCUGUCUCCGAGAAACACGAAAAAAUACAACCUUACUGUCAAGACUGCAAAAAUGUUCUCUCCGGAAAUCAUGAACGACGAUUCUCGUCAUACGUGUUGAAGGAUACUCCGAAUGCUACCGAGCAGUUUCCUCUAUCGUCUCAGGCGUCGGGCGAACAAGUCAUGUGUACGUCUGGUCAACAAUGCGAGGACAUAAUCUUGGACUGUGGAAAGCCUGUGAAUUUCACCAAUUACGACAACCUGCUCGGUGUCGCCAACAGAGAUAAACAUCCGCUGGUUCCAGAACCUAAUGUAACGCUCAUGUUCAAGAAGAAUGGCGGUAAAACUAUGAAUGUCGAUAUCGAUCUAUUAGCGAAACGUUUAAUAAAAGCUAAACGAGAAAAACCAAAAUCAGUACAACUUUAUAAUCAAAUAGGAAAUUUUUGGCGUAUAAAAGGCGACGCGCAAAGAUCGAUCGAGUGCUUUCGAAGAGCGCUCGCUGUAUCACCGCAUAAUGCCGAAGUUUUGUUAAAUUUGGCUAGAGUGUUAUUGGCUCAACAAUACUUAGACGAUGCGACACAUUUAGCGAGACGUUCCUUGGAGCUACAACCUCCAGAUCGCAACGCAUGGGAACAAUAUCUUACGCUUGGUCAAAUAUUCAAGGCAUACGGCCAUUACCAAGAAGCAGCCAUACAUUUGCGACAUGCUCUUGAAUUAAAACCAGAUCUCUCUGAAGCUGCUGAAGCUCUAAGAGAAGUAGAAUCACUUCCGGCUGCGAGUAUACAUAUCUACACAUUACUGAUAAUUAUAUGUUUGGUGCUUGGUGUACUGUUAGUAGUUUUGAGCAACGUGGAAUGCGACGAAGAUUCUAGUCUAGUCAAUGGACAACUUCAACGUCCAGUGCAACGUCACUUUAGUCGCGCUAUGGCCAUGCGAAGUUUAAGGCUUAACGUUGCUCGUAAUAAACGUUGUUGA